AUGCCAUCAUUGUACUCGAGGUUGAUCUCAAUAUCGAGUUCAUGUAAAUAUCAAAUCACUCGCGCUCAAUGUCGUUUGUCACUGAGAGAGUCAGAUAAUUGGUUUUGCGAAUUCGAUGAUGAUUGGAACCGUCGAAAGCGUUUACAUCAUAUACAGGACCAAAGAAAUCGCAACACUGACAUACGUCAAUUAUUCUUCCAAAACAAUUGGGAACCAACAAUACAUUGUCCAUUUGAACAACGAAUAGGUAACACAGGGGAUGGUGGAAAAUGGGUUUGCAAUAUACAUCAAUUACAGCAAAAAAAUGUAACACCUCUAAUAUAUUCGUUUGGGUCUAAAGAUGAUUUUGGCUUCGAGCGUGCCCUUAAGGGAGAACUACCUACAGCUGAAAUACAUACCUUUGAUUUAGAAACUUACAUUUGUCCACUUAAUAUUUGCAUAUUCCAUCAGGUGUAUGCGGGUGAUGGAAAAAAAAAUGGUACAACAUCAUUAAAAAAGGUUAUCUACGAACUCCGGCAUCAAAAACGAGAAAUCGAUAUACUUAAAGCUGAUAUCGAAGGAAGCGAAUUUAUUUUCUUUGAAGAAUUUCUAAAAGCGCCCAAAGGUGUCGAAAAUUCUAUUGCUCAUGAAUACAGCAUGUCUUCAAUGCCAUAUAUUCGACAAAUACUUUUUGAGAUACAUUUGGAACCAAAUAAAGAUGAAGAACAUUCCCGGCGUGCACACAGGCUAUUCGAAAUGUUUCGUUCCAAUAACUAUGCAAUUUUCCAUAAGGAACCGAAUUUAGGAGAUGGACAAAACCUUGUUGAAUACGGGCUGCUCCGUCUUAAUGCAGCAUUCUUCAUUAAGCCACCAUAG